CGCUCGCUCGUCUUCACCUGAAACCGGGCAAAGACAGGAAAGGUGCUUUAUGACGGAAACUUCCGGCAACGCGGGAGCCAGUGGGGCAGACGGCGAGUUCAGGCGGCAGGCCGCGUUUCGUCCCUCAGGAAACAAAAAAUUAAGUCUAACUCUUCCCAGGCCGGCCGACCUUCCGCUCCACCACGGAUCCAAAAUGUCGGAGUUUGACGAAUUCGAGAGGCAGCUGACCGAAAACAAGCACGAGCGGGACAAAGAGAAUCGGCACCGCCGUCGUAGCCCGUCCCGCAGCCGGAGCCGGGAAAGGAAGAGGAGAAGCCAUGAGAGAAGGAGCCGAGAUCGGCGGAGCCACAGCAAGGAUCGUAGACAGAGGCGCAGCACACAGAGUCAAAACCAACCCCAAGAGAUUGCUGUGAGCCGCUCCCCACACCGUGAGAAGAAGAAGAAAGUCAGAAAGUACUGGGAUGUGCCCCCUCCAGGCUUUGAGCACAUCACUCCUAUGCAGUACAAAGCCAUGCAGGCUGCUGGGCAAAUCCCAGCCACAGCCCUGCUGCCAACCAUGACUCCGGAUGGUCUGGCAGUCACCCCCACCCCUGUUCCUGUGGUGGGCAGCCAGAUGACGCGGCAGGCACGCCGGCUUUACGUGGGGAACAUCCCCUUUGGCAUCACUGAGGAGUCCAUGAUGGACUUUUUCAAUGCCCAAAUGCGUCUGGGUGGUCUCACCCAGGCCCCUGGAAAUCCAGUCCUUGCUGUUCAGAUCAAUCAAGACAAGAACUUUGCCUUCCUUGAGUUUCGCUCAGUGGAUGAAACCACCCAGGCCAUGGCCUUUGAUGGAAUUAUCUUCCAUGGUCAGAGCCUUAAGAUCCGCCGGCCUCACGAUUACCAGCCCCUACCUGGCAUGAGCGAGAACCCCAGUGUGUAUGUGCCAGGAGUGGUGUCUACUGUGGUCCCUGAUUCAGCCCAUAAGCUCUUCAUUGGUGGCCUGCCCAAUUAUCUCAAUGAUGAUCAGGUAAAGGAGCUGCUGACCUCAUUUGGGCCCCUGAAGGCCUUUAACCUUGUGAAGGACAGUGCCACUGGACUGUCCAAGGGCUACGCCUUCUGCGAGUAUGUGGACACCAACCUGAAUGACCAGGCAAUCGCUGGGCUCAAUGGCAUGCAGCUGGGUGACAAGAAGCUCCUUGUGCAGAGAGCCAGUGUGGGAGCGAAGAACGCCUCUCUGAGCAGCAUGAACCAGACUCCAGUGACACUGCAGGUUCCAGGGCUGAUGAGUAGCUCUGUAGUGCAGAUGGGUGGCCUGCCUACCGAGGUGCUUUGCCUCAUGAACAUGGUGGCCCCCGAGGAGCUCCUGGAUGAUGAGGAGUAUGAGGAGAUCGUCGAGGAUGUACGUGACGAAUGCAGCAAGUAUGGCCAGGUGAAGAGCAUUGAGAUCCCCCGGCCUGUUGAUGGCCUGGAGGUACCCGGCACUGGCAAGAUCUUCGUGGAGUUCACAUCGGUGUUUGACUCCCAGAAGGCUAUGCAAGGGCUGACAGGCAGGAAAUUUGCCAACAGGGUAGUGGUGACAAAGUACUGCGACCCUGAUGCCUAUCACCGCCGAGACUUCUGGUAGAGAUGUGGUUUGGGGGGUGGGUGGUUGGGUGGCAAGGGGUGAUGAUGAGACCUGGGGGUUUGUAAAGAAGCAUGGAAUAAAUCUGGGGAUGUAGGAACCUUUUCACAUUUAGAUGGGGGGAGGGUCUUUAUAUCAAGGUGUUUGAUGGAAGGGCUUAAAUUGUCAGGGGAAGGAGUUCUGGUUUUACUUUGUCACCGUGAACUGGGGUCUCUGCUUCAUGGCCUGUUUUUUGUACCUGGGUAUAGCUGGGGUUUUGGGGUGGGGUGGGGGCGGGGCGGGCGACAGUGUCAGGAAGGAUGUGUGUUUUUUUUGUUUUUUUUUUUGUACUUGGGUACACGAUGGAUAGAGGAAAUUUUAACAAGCAUCUGGUCGAGUAUAUUCAAGCUGUCGCUGAGAUGAGCAGAGAACAUGGCAGCAAUCCUUUAAAAACAGACAUGGAACUGAAGAGAAUUAGCUUGUUUCAGCUUUAUACAUGUAUGUACCUGUAUGCUUUCGUACAUGUCAGCUUCACCUCAUUCUUCCCGUCUGUAUGAGUGCAGAUCAGCUUGCUUUUCUCCUGCUUACUUACAUUCAUAGUUCUCGUAGCAGGUACUCAUUCAUGAGUCAGCUCUCUGUGCUGGCUGCUGUUUUGCAAGCUGGUACCUCAGCUCUCCUGGGCAGCACCAUGUGGAGCGCUGCAGGAGUCGCUGUAGGGCCCGGUGUUCCCCAGGUACCCUGCAGAAGUACAAAGACCCAGUUUAAAAGUUUACUAUUGUAGUGUGUUUAGUCUAUAUUAACUUUGACAGAAAGCUUUAUUCCCAUUAACUUAGAAGAGCAGAAAACUAUACAAACAUCUUGAAUGCUAAAUUGUGAAUUUGUUCAGCCAUAGUGUCGUUCAUGGCAGUUUUGGUUGAUGUUUUCGUAAGUUUUCAAUACAUAUCCAAAAAGCACUAUUUUGUCAGAAAACUAAACAGUUUAAACCAGGGCAGAAAAUUUUGCUUUAUAAAAAUUUUAAAAAAUCUUUUUACAACUUAAAGCAAGUAAGCUCCCCAUAAGCUGGAAUGCAAAGUGGUAUAGAUAUGAGUUUGUAACUCCUCCACUGCCUUAUGUAAUGAUGUUGUGCUCAUCUUUAAACUUUGUCACUAGAUCUGCAGUGUAAUGAGACAAAGCAGCAGCCAGUGAGGGGGUUGCAGUGUAGUGCUAGAGAAUGCUUGAGCUGACACUUGGGUGGCUGAAUCGGUAGCAGUAGUCUGUGGGGUUGGGGGGGGAGGUCCUAUUGGAAAAGGUUUCAUAGCAAUAGCAUUCAAGAACACAUACAAACACUUCCUUUGCUUUCCUUUCCCAUUGCUCUCGCUCACCUGCUGGAUUUUUCUCUAUCACAAGGACCACAAUCUACGUCAGUGAGACUGUCAAAUGUCGAUUGGAUUUGCUUUUAUGUUUCCUCCUUAUUCCCUUUUUUUUCUUCAUGUGACAAGAUUACACAAGGAUGUCAGAGGAGGUAGCAGACAAUAUGGUGUUCUGUUGAAAUUUUUUUUUGAUUCUGAUAUUGAAAUGGCGUACACUUUGACAUUAACAGAUGGGGUUGUCAUACAGACUCCAGAAUGGAUUGCAGUACAAACUCACUUGAGGGCAAAGUCAUCGAUGGUUGAUUGUUGUAAACGGCUAUAUCCUGGGCUUAUCUGGUGACUGUACUGUUGAGUUGGUUUGUCUGUUUAAAUUUUGAUAUUGUGACUGUUAUUUAGUCCUCAAAAGACAGACAUAUACUUUUUAUUUCCUCUCCGUGUUGUAUUUUGUUUUGGAAAUCCAAUUGCUCUCAUUAAAAUGAAUUUGAUGUAUGCUGA